CGCCACGAGACUCGCCCCAGGCGCCCCUCCAGGCUACCAGAUAGGCUAAGAUCAUGCCUUCCUUAGGUAUUCGGUAUGCCCGUUAGGUGGUUUCGCGGGGUUCUCCAUCCCCAAUCAAUCGUUAAACUCCAACCCCUUCGCGCUCCUUGGACCCUCCAAGAUGCCUCAGGCACCCACGAUAGUCACCAAUCCAGAGUCGCGUGUUCAUCCUCGUGCUCGUGCUCGUAUAGUUAACCAAUGACUUGCAGCAAAGUUGACCGGCAUCACUUGUUUUGUUGCAUCGCUCUCCAGGCAGUUGCAUUUUGGUCGAAUCAAGGACCUGGGUAGGUCAAGGUAGAUAAUAGUCUGGUCGACGACGUUGAACUCACUUUCCAGCCCCCAUCGAACGCUAAUCCCACAAGAACUGUGUCGCAUUUGGUCGUGGUGUCGACAACUCUACCUAUUGUUUACUACUUAAGAUCUCCUGUUCUAACCCGGAACCCUGAUUUAAUCUCACUCAACCGACCACCAUGGGAAAACUCAGUAACGCACAAAGUUCUGCGACGACUUCAGAAGCGGGCGCAGGAGCGAGCUCUUCUUUCCCACGCAUGGAGCCACCACCUCCAUAUGAAGCUCCCUCUUCACGCUCUUCGUCGGCGCACAGCAACGAUCAUCUCCAGCCCGGUGAAGCCCAGGCACAGACACAAGCACCUGGAGGCCAGUCACCGGCCGCACGAGGGCAUUCUCCGCCGGCACCACCCCCACCAGGUCCUACCAAAUACAAAACCGAGGACGGAUGCUGCACGUAUGGAAACGGCGCAUCAGGUUGUAUGGUCGUUGGUGACCACGCCGAAGGUUGCUUAAACUACGGAGACAAUACCAGCGGUUGCCUCAACUACAAGUCGCAAGAUGGCUGUCUACUGUGGGAAGCCACGGGAGGUGGUUGCAUGAAUUUCCGCACCAGGAAGACUGGUUGUUGCCAAUGCGGUUGAUGAAAUUGCACCGCUGUUCAAUUCUAUCUCCCCAGACAGCAACCGAGACUUAAUAGGAGUGUCGUUUCGCAGACCCUAGUCUGUCGCCUGGUGUGGUUUACGCUACAAAUCACCCCACACGCCUUUUACUACUUCUCGAAUCCAGACUAUCUCCAAAAGUCGUCCUGGAGGCCACGGGACAUAUCAUGAGAUAUCCCCUCGUCUGGAUCGUCCUCAAUAGACAUACCAACUCGCAAGAUCUGCAUUCAUUUGACGGCCUGAACAAUCUUUGACAAUGGGUUCAGCCAGGAAUCAGCGAUUGAGGCUCAUAAGAGUGGUCGUUUGAAUUUUCUGUGGCCGGGAGAGCGUCUUGUCCCGUCUGCGGGUGAACACUACCACAUUUAUGGAAGGAACUACAGGUGAUCCUGAUGGCCCAUCUGCUCGCUCUGGACUCUUGCCCAAUAUCAUGCUGCUUCCCCCGGUGUGCCUGGCUACCAGGGCGGACAAUGGGGGAUAGCAGACACGGCUGGCGCACAACGAUGAGGCAUUCGACCUCAUUGGAGAUCUUAUACUCAGAUGAGACUUGAAGCUGGGGCGAAGUCUGAAAUUAGCCUGCGAAGAGAAUUGGGCUUAUAUGGAUUCUGCCUCCAGGCAGGUGCAUGCUGAAGCUUUGUACAUAAUAAUAGUAGGCAGGAGUGAGAGUCGUGCUAGUUAGGCUGUAAUUAUCCCCAAAAAGCCCUGCCGGUUUUACUAUUAAGCGCCAAGCACUGGCGCCUUCCCAAAUCCCAG